UCUGCAACGUGAAAAUCUUAUUUAGUAAAAGUCACUAAGUUGACCGCCGACCCCGUGCGGUAAAAAUGUUGAGGUUAUAUUUUUAAAAUAAUUUUCAAUAAAACAACUAACAAUGGCAUUAACACUGUUGGGAAAGCGUAUCUUGUCAAGACGGCCACAACUUCUCAACUCCAUUAGAAAAAAUGGCUACAUCGUUUUGGUGCCAGAAAUCGGUGAAGACUUACCCGAGAAAAACCCCCUCCUCCAGAACGACGGCUUGCCCGAAUUCAGCAACAUCACCAUUGAAAAUUGCAUGGCAGCAAUCGCCAAACAAACGCUCGACUUGGAGGCCGGUGUGAAAGAAAUCGAAACAUCGUUAAGCGAAACCGGAACCACUGACAUUUUCCACGACGUGUUUCAAGUCCUGGAGGAGAUCGUGGCGCCCUUGGACCUAACCUGGGGGCUAUCAAAAACGCUCUACUUAGGUAACAGUAGUCUAAUGCCCACCAAAAGCUACUUGGCCAUCCACGACCGCGCAAAACGGGCCCGUGCCGCGAAAUUCAACAGUCCGGUGAUUUACGAGUCGGUUAAAAGGGAACUGCAGGGCGAAGCCCCCCACAGUGAGGAGGAAACUAGGAUAUUGAACAAAUUCGCUUUGGAGGGCAAACUAAACGGUCUGGAACUCACCGACUCGCAGAAAGUCCAGCUCAAGCAACACAUUAACAAACUCACAGCUGAGCGGUUGCAGUUCAAGCAAAAAGUCGACAUUUGUACCAAACAAUUUUCUCACACCAUCCGGGACUCGUCGAUUGUGCGCGAUUUUCCGCUAGAUUUGCUAAAAACGACGGCUUCAAAUCCGUUAAAACCGCUCGAUGGCCCCUGGAAGGUGACUCUGGACCCCCAUGUUUACUUGCCGAUUAUGGAACAUUGCCCUGAACGUGAAAUACGGUGGAAUGUCUGGCAGGCGUUGGUAAGUCGGGGCUCGGGUUAUGGGGAUCGUGAUUUGUCAACGGGGGUCCAUUUGGAGGAAAUUAGGUUUGCGAGACGCGAUUUAGCUAAAUUGUUAGGUUUUGAAACGUAUGCUGAUCUUUCAAUGGAGACGAAAAUGGCAGAGAAUGUUGGUAAUGUGAACAGUAUGUUGCAUACUCUCCUUGAGAAGGCUAAGCCGGCACAAGAGACUGAACUGGCCAGUUUGUACGAAUUUGCCCUCGAAAGGGGGUUCAAGGGGGGUAGGAUCGAACUGUGGGACGUUCCGUAUUGGAGGAAGAAACAGCUCAAAACACUGUUCAAUUACAACGAGGAGGAGUUCAAGAAUUAUUUUCCCCUACCCACGGUUUUAACCGGUUUGUUUGAGCUGUGUGAGAGAUUGUUCAAUGUGGUGAUCAAACAACGAAACGACAUAUCUACCUGGCACAAAGACGUCAAAUUUUACGAUAUUUUCGAGCCCCAGACAAGCGCCCCCAUUGCCGGGUUUUACCUCGACCCGUACGCGCGCUCAGACGAGAAAAUAACCAUCCAGCAAAGCAACGGUUGGAUGGUUGGCAUCCAAAGUCAGAGCAAAAUCACCGCGACUAAACCAUUAGCAGCCCUCAUCUUCAACUUUGAGCCCCCUUCAGGCAACAAACAAUCUCACUUGACGUUCAAAGAAGUCAAACACUUGUUCCACAAGUUUGGCUUAGCCCUCCAGCAUUUACUCACUCGAACCACGUACUCAGAAGUCUCAGGGUCCUCGAAUAUUGAGUGGGAUGCGGUCGAAGUCAGUGGCCACGUCCUGGCCCACUGGCUGUACAAUAAGGAGAUAAUGCAGAACAUUUCUUGCCAUUGUCACAGUCGGGAGAAACUCCCCGAAAGUAUGUUUGAUUGCUUGAUGGAGGCGCACAAGCACUUGGCCGGGAUUGACUUAUCGAGAGAGCUGUAUUUGGCGGCGCUUGAUUUAGAACUGCACCAUUCGACCGAGUAUUGGCUGGAAAUAGUGAAGAAGUUGUGGCCGCAGUUCCGGUGCUUCCCUCUUGAUAAACUCGACUCGCAUCCUUGUUCCUUCACGCAGAUUUUUACAGAGGAGUGGGCUGCGGCUUAUUACUCGCACGUCUGGUCGAGGAUGAUUGCCGCUGAUGUGUACAGUGCGUUUCAUGAAGUGCAGGGAGAUGACCAAAAAAUUAGAGAUGUAGGGAAGAGAUAUAGGGAAACGUUUUUGGCCUUGGGAGGUAGUUGCCAUCCUAGUAAAGUUUUUAGGAAGUUUAGAGGACGGGAUCCGUCGCCGAACGCGUUGCUUAGGUCGCUAGGUUUAAAGAAAAGUAAGAUAGAGAGUUAAUUAUUUGUAUAUUAUGUAGGUGUUGUAAAAUAAUUAAAAAUGAGACUGUUAA